AUGAGCCCAGACACAGAGCAGUUUGUUUCACACGGCGUGGGCAGGCAAGACACCAUCAGCCAUUCACACCAGCGUGGAGCCUCACGCACGAACAGCACACGGGCUCCUUCCAAGGCGAGGUUCGGCAGCCAGAGCGCUGCCCGCCGUGCGGGGCUGCGCCCGCGGCCCCCGCCGGCACCGAGGGGUUUACCCCGGGAUGCCGAGAUCGCGGACCCGCCGCCCCAGCAGCCUCACGGCGGGCAGGCAGAGCUCCGGCCGGCAGGAGGGAGGCCCCCGGCCGCCUCCCACCUCCGCCCAGGCACGGGAACCAGCGCGCAGCCCGGAAAGCGCCGGGCAGGGGAGCGGGACGCGGCGGGCUGGCCCCGCAGCGGGCACCGCUGGGGCUCUCAGCAGCACCGCCCGGCCGGGCGCCGGCCCUGCGGCCAGGGGUGGGAGCCGGAGGCUGCCACACCGCUGCUCCCGCCGCCCCAGCACCGGGGUCCCGGCGGCGGGAGGGCGUGGUGGGGGCAGCGGUAUUGCCCCCCCGCACCGCGGCCGGCCCCGCACAGACGGACGGGCAGACGGACGGACUCACCUCCCUCCCGCGGCCGUCCCAUGCCGCUGCCGGCACCGACCCAACCCGACCCUCCGCCGCCGCGCCGCUCCCCGCCACCUUCCCCGGCGGCAGCCGCCGUCGCUGCUGCCGCUGCCGCCGCUGCUUUCCGCUUCCUGUGCCCGGCACCGCCCCGCACCCCGUCCCUCCCCCGCCGGAGCCACCGCCCCCCGGGCGAGGCUUCCCUGCCCGGGCAGCGGUCGUCCUCACGCUCCCCGGGACUCCGGCUCCGCGAUACCCCGGAGCCGGGCCCUGCUGCAGCCUGA